GCUACAGCCGAUUCUUGUUACGAAACCGAAAAGAGGAUCGUCUGGGACUCGGAAACGCUGCACGGCUAAGAUCCCAAUUAUGAUCGAUCUACUGUCCACCUCCCGAGUAGUAUAUACUCGAGUCGAUGUCAUCACUGGGACGACCUCUUUUCUUCUAUUUUUCCUCCUUCGGCUGCUUGAUUGCGGGAUUUCAAACAACAAAGCUAUAAACUACCAAACUAUUCCGACAACUGCUUCUACCCUAUGCCUGACGGCCAGCAAAUUGCAACCGGCACUCUGCACGCGUCGACCUAGCUGCUAGGUGUAGGAAUGACGGAGCGAACGAUCCGCCAUCUCAUCUUGCUGCAGUCUUUAGCGGGCUCAUCGGCCUGAUAGAACUGGUUGAACUGACUGAUUAUUGCUUAAAUUUUUUUUUUUCCUUUUCUUCUUCUUUUUUCCAUCCUCGAUUAUUAUUUUUCUGCUAUUAUACCAUCCUUACAAAAGGAAAGGUAUAUACUACUUGUGCACCCAGGAGAGUCUUGAAAUACCGAAUAUUUGAUACUCCUGCCAUCUUUUUGCUUUCUCCGGUGACGGAGUACUCUGAUCGUCGGAGAUAAUCCUUUUUUUUUUUUUUCGUGGCUCGUCCUGAUAAGCUCUUUGGCUUGGAGCUGUUCCUCUUGCUUCUGCCCUCCCCCCAAUCCCAGCAUUCGAUUCUCCCCAGUCCGGAUUGUGGAGUGACUAGAAGGUCCAGUCCCUUCGCUAUUCCCGCGCCUCCCCGGAUUCAAAGACGCCCCAACACUGAACCUCCGAGGACCCUUACGUGACGAAUUCGAUUUCACGAAUCGCAGCCCAUCAAUUAUCUAUCUUUGUACCCCAACAUUCCCAUUAUCUCUCCGUGGGAAUACUCCCACCGCCGCCCCGGGCCCGCCCCGCUAGCAACCCCCCCGGCGGUACCUGACACCCCCCAACUACGCUAUUAAGCCUUCUUAUCUAUAAACCUCUUGAUUCCCACUAUCCACCUCCCAUGGCCACCGUCAUCACCAUCCAGCCUUCUCCCACGGCUGGUUCGGCUGCCUCACCAGUCUAUUCACAGGCUCACCACUCGCCCCCCGAGCAUCUACGUCGUCGUGCUCCCCCUUCCUCCACUACCACACCCAAUACUCUCUCACCUUCCCCGGUUGCCAGUCAAUCCAAUAUACCCCGUGUCCCAGGACGGGAUGGAGCGAGCUGUGACGCCUGCCUUCGUAGAAAGAGUCGUUGCGCCAUGAAUGACAUCACCAACAAGUGCUACUCGUGCGACUUCCAUCGCCAGGAUUGCACUUUUACUCUAUCUGGAGGCCCCGCGGAAGCUCCGACGAAGAAAAGGAAAUUGGACGACUCUGCGCGGGAGAUUGGAGAAUCUGUAAAAAGACCCUCCACUGUCCAACCAAAUCAUUCGACCUCUGAGAGUGACGCCCCUCGCCCUCAACACACCCAAGCCAUGAUCCGUUCGGGCUUCUUCAACCAAACCACUCAGCACAUUGGCAUGACCACGGAGCUGGAGCCCACCCUACUUGAAUAUCUCCCAUUGGAUGAGUACCACGAGUGUACCGUAUCCGCCGCGCGCAUCCGUCGGUGCGCAGACGACUGUACCUUCAUGAGGGUUGUCAACACUGUGCCUAUCGGCGACUCGCAGGCCGUGUCGCUGGACGCUAUCGAGAGCCUGGUCGCUCCGUACGGGUCAACGUUGAUUGAAAAAUUCUUUGAGCAUGUGCACCCCUCAUUCCCCAUUCUUAUGGAAGAUGCAUUCCGCCAGUCAUACCGUGAGCGUCGACAAUUAUCGCCGCUGCUGCUGGCCGCCGUGUACGUGUUGACAUUAAAGUUCGUGGAUGUCGGUGUGACGUCGCAAACGGCACGGAGGCCCGAUGCUUCACGACUGGAGAGUACGGCAUUGAAGCUGUUGAUCGAGUCCUUGCCCUCCCCGAGUAUCUCGACUAUCCAGGCGGGUUUGCUAUUGACGCAAAAAUCCACCUUGGCGACGGCGUCCUUGAAUGGACAGCUUGUCACGGCAAGCUUCGAGCUGGGUCUGCACCAGGACUGCUCGAACUGGCGGAUGAAGACUUGGGAAAAGGGUUUACGCAAACGUCUGGCCUGGGCGUUGUACAUGCAGGACAAAUGGUCUUCGCUUGUGCAUGGCCGCCCUUCGCAGAUUUUCGCAUUCAACUGGACCGUCAAGGAUCUCGUGGAGCAGGACUUCUCGGACGCCUUCGCGUCUGGCACGGACUCUGUCCAUGACAAUGGAGAUGUGGGCCAUGGGCCUCUUCUCUUUUGCCAUAUGGUUGCAUUGACGACCAUCCUCUCCGACAUCCUGGACCGUUUCUAUACGCUUCAAGCGAUCGAGGACUUCCGCGCUGCCGGCAACCAGCGCACUCGCAUCAUCCUGGAUAAGGCGAAGCCUGCACAGAUCCGGUUGAAGGAGUGGUUCUCCUCUCUACCAGCGGCGCUGAAGAUGGAGUCCUCCAGCGGCGAGCUGGUCGAGACCAUCACCGAUGAACACGCCCGCAACGGCGCUCUGCACUUGGCUUAUUUCGCGACCGAAAUCACCCUGCACCGCUGCAUCGUGCGCUCGCUGGCCGGUGACGGUACAGACUCUUACCUCGCACAUAUUUGUCGCUCUGCGGCAAAGACACGACUUAUCUCGGCCAUGGACUUUGUCAACCGACUGCGGCCUGCGCACCUGCGCUCAUUCUGGCCCGCCUCGGCGCGCACAAACUUCUCACUGAUUGGCUCGUUCGGCAUGCUCCUGCGCAUCACGGCGCCCACCAACGAGGAGGCCGAGUUCUACCGUGUGCGGCUAUGCGAGUACCGCUGGACGCUGAGCGUGUCCCAUAAGAAUGCCGAGUUCAUGGGCUUUGCGCUGGAAAGCCUCGACCACGCGACGAUGCUGGAUAAGCAUGUCCCCGCUAAACCGGGUAUUGACGAGCUGAUGGCCAGUUCAGCCAAGCAGCCCUCGCGACCGAUGAUAGGCCCCGGUGACUAUGACGAGGCUAUGGGCGACGUCGAUAUGCAUGGCAGGGCAGCUAGCUCGUCGGUUAUCUCUGGGUUGGCCUCGCCGGCGACUAGCGUCAGUGAUAUGGAGGACGAUGAGACACCUCUUUAAAUUGCCUCUGCCCGAUGAUCGUUAUACCCUCUAUCUCCUCUUCUCUUUUACGUCCUCUAUUCUCCUCUACCUCUACCACCACCUUUGUGUUCUUGACACACUCACGACAUCUUCGGCGUUUACGGACUCUUCCUCGGAUGAAAGCGCAUGAUUGAAUACCUCUUUGCAUAAUUGCAUAUACUCUCCACACCACCCUGCCCGCUCAAAAGCGCGAACAGGAUCUCUACAAUUACGAUAUCAGCACCUGCUUGUUUUGGAACUGUUCUAUUUGGUCUGAUUUUUUGUUCUGCUUAAUGUUGAUACGCCCGGGGAUAUUUUUGCUUGGACAUUUGGACAUUUGGAUAUUUGGAUACUUGGAAUUGGAUAUUCCACUGGAUAUGGGAUUAAGUGAUUGUAUAGACUUGGACAAGCAUAGAUUGGGCUAUGAACGAAUUAUGAUAUUACUUUCUUGAACCUUGAGAGUGCUGUUUUCCGGUAGAAGCCUCCUAGAAGAAAGACAUCUCCU